UUCGAUUGCAAAAUAGGAUGAUUCGAUGGAAGUUCUUCGAUAUUCGAAAAUCGCGCGACAAACGAAAACUGCGAUCUUUAAAGAACAAAAUGGGAAAAACGAGGGGAGUGCACGAAACGACGCCGGAAUUGAGGAACCGAAUGGUUGGAAUGUACGAAGCCGGUUUAGGUCUACGUGAAAUCGCAGCCGCUGUAAAUUGCUCGCAACGCACCGUGAAAAGAUGGUUAAACAGAUUUGACAAAGAAGGCACGGUGGAAACUCGAGAACGAUGCGGACGUAAAAGAGCCACAACAUCCGAGCAAGAUGAAGCAAUUGUACGACUGGCUACACAGACACCGAUAACCGCGGCAAAAGCUGUACUUCCUGCCUUAGGGCUAACUUGCUCCGUCGAUACUAUACGAGAAAGGCUUCACAAGGCUGGCAUUCAUAAUUGGAGUCCUUCGCGAAAGUACAUGCAAAGAAUUCCGCUCGGCGAUACUGAUGGUGCUGCCAUUCAGCAACCUGUAUGGAGACCCACUGGAACGCAGUUAGGGAAAAAAAAGUCUUCCAAAGAGUCCAAUAAGAGCGAAAAGAAUACUGCAAUAAUCAAAAAGAAAAAUCCACCCAGAAAAAUUAGAGCCAAAGAUAUAUACGUCGGAGAUGGUGCACCGGUAGAAAGUGUUAAACCUACCAAUGAACAGCACGAGUUUAUAUACUCCCAACAAAAUCCUUCCCAGUCUCAAGCUGGUCAAGUACAAGCAACUGCUCAACCUUUGCAGCAAAAUCAAACAGAGUUUGGCAAUGCUCUAAGUUUAGUUCAGCAAACGCAACCUAUCUAUCAUCAUCCUGGAUUAAACAUUUCUCAGAGUUGGCCCUUAGAUUUAGUACAACCGAGUCAUCAUUAUCCACAGGGUCAACCAAAUCCGAUACCUCAUGAACAAGCAGCUUCGUCUCAGCAACUUCAAGAAUUACACGUUCAACAAGAGCAACCGCAACACCAUAUACAACAAGUACAACAAACCAUUGUGGAUCAAACUCAUAAUCUUGAUCAGCAACAAGGCCAACUUCAAGUAGAAGUUCACCAGCACCAGCACCAGCAUCAUCAUCAUGAUCAUUUACACCCUCAAUUAGCUAGUCCGCAAUCCAAUUCGAAUUUAACUUCCGAUAAUUCUAAUACUUGUGGUUCUCAAGAUAAUAAUCAGUCUUCUAGCGUAGAAUCUAAUCAGAGUAAAGAUACAUCGAAACAAGGUAACGCGAAAAGUGGAUCGCAGAGAAAGAAAAAAAAAGGCGGGAAAGCAAAAGGGACAUUGGAAACCAGCGUUGAAAUUCGAAAUCGUAUGAUCGGCAUGUCUGAAGCCGGUUUAUCAACGUUAUCUAUCGCACUUGCAAUCGACAGAUCGGAACGUACCGUUAAAAGAUGGUUAGAACGUUGGCACAAAGAAGGCAACGUACAGACUAAGGAAAGAAAGGGUCGCCGGCGAAUCACCACUAAAGAGCAAGACGAAGCUAUCGUUGCUAUGGCUACUCAGCAACCAUUAACUGCAGCUAAACACGUUGCGCCUGCCCUAGGAUUAAAGUGUAGCGUAGAUACGAUCAGGGAAAGGCUUCAUAAAGCUGGUAUACAUAGUUGGAAGCUUGGAAAAAAACAGGGAGAAGGAAAUGCUGUACAUACUGUACAUCUCUGGCAGCCCAGUGGAAAUCGACCAAAUAAACCGAAACUACCUGGUGAAAGAAAGAGAAAAUCAGGGAAUAACAAGAAACGCGACCAAACGUUGAACAAUUCGCAUAAAAGAUUAUCCAACAGAAAAAGAAAAACCGAAUCCGCUUCGGUGAAAAUAGUUCCACCACCGGCAAACAUGAUACCGGAACAAAGUACGACCUUAACAUUCCAUAAUCCUGGAACAAUGGCAAACUAUGUUUCAGGUUCUAGUAUAAUACAACCUGUUCAUAAUAUUCCCGCACCUACUCCUACGAUUGUUCAAUCUCAAUCGCAUCCACCUCCGCCAGCAGCUCCUCCGCCAGCACCGCAAUCGAUACAGCCAAUGGGUUCUAUGAUGCAACAACAAAGACCCGAUUGUCGAUUAGCACCAGCUAUUGUAGCACCCGUGUCGGGACAAGGAAAUACCGGAGUUGCCUAUCCAUCGUGUAUGGUUGGAAGUAAUAGUCACGCAGGACAUAUGGAUCAACCAGACCCAUUAAAUUAUGAGCCAUACAUUUGGAGUUUCUAAG